UGGUCCGUGCAACUCUACUGUUACACGCGCGCGCACACUUCUUGAUAAACAUGCAAGUGAAGGUCAAUUCGACAUAACACUCUCUCUCAAGAUUCUGUCUUUCUUUCUCUGCAGAAGCAAGAAAUAAUCUGUGGUUUUUUCUUUUCAAUUUCUGGGAAUUUUCAAAGUAAAGGUUUUUGAUGGUUUUUUGAAGAAAAAUGGAGGCACAGUUCAUAAGUAGACACCACAAGCACCAGCCUAAAGGGAACCAGUGUUCUUCAUCUGUUGUCAGGCACAUCAAAGCCCCUGUCGAUAUUGUUUGGCUAUUGGUAAGGGGAUUUGAUCAACCACAGAAGUACAAGCCCUUUAUUAGCAAGUGCUCCACUCAGGGUGAUCUAAAGAUUGGAAGUGUUCGAGAGGUGAACGUAAAGUCAGGACUUCCUGCCACAACCAGCACGGAGAGGUUGGAACUGCUCGAUGACAAGGAGCAUAUUCUUGGGGUCAAAAUUGUUGGUGGUGAUCACAGGCUAAAGAAUUACUCUUCAAUCAUUACUGUUCAUCCUGAGAUAAUUGAUGGGAAACAUGGAACCUUAGUUAUCGAAUCAUUUGUGGUGGAUGUGCCUGAAGGAAACACUAAAGAAGAGACAUGCUACUUUGUGGAUGCUCUGAUCAACUGCAACCUCAAGUCUUUGGCCGAAGUUUCAAUGCGAAUGGCAAUGCAGGAUUCAAUGAAAUCCAUCAACCGAUUCUGAAUAUUAUUGCAUGUUAUAUAUUAGUUUCUUGUUGUAUGGAGAGUGAGAUUGUGUAUUAAUAUCCAUAACUAGUUCCACAGUAAAGAAAAGUGCUGGAUUUCUCUGCUUGGUUUCAAGUGUGUAGGCACCGAAUCUUGUUUAAGAGAAUUGCUACGAAGUGCUAUAGAUGUCAUGUAUAAUUUCUCUUGGUGUUGAUGGUUAUAUAUAUAACAAUGUUUCUAGAUAUUACCUA